GUGAAAAAAGAGUUCUCGGAACAGAGAGAAAAAAAGGAAGUGAGAAAGUGGCACCAACAGUUUCUGGACAUAUGUGACAACUUCUCUGUCCGUCAGUCAGUUAACGCUCCGCUCACUCUUCUGUCAGGAGUCCCAACCUGAAGAGACUGAAGUAAGGAUGGCAGUUUGGGACAAAAAGAUUCUCUGGGCCGUCAUGUUGGUCCUGACAGGUGCUCUGGGUCAAAGAGUGAACUAUCCAGAUCCUGUUGUGAACUAUCCAAAUCCUGUUUGUGGUGUAAAAGGAUCGACCGUCCUCCUCCCCUGCUCCUUCACACCGCUGAAGUCUGUAAUGGAUGACAAUGGAAGAGAAGUUUUGAUCGAGAUCAUCAGAGUCGUCUGGUGCCAGAACCAUGAAAUCUGUCAGAGAGAGACUCCGUCUGUGUACGACAGCGAAUCAAACAACAACAACUCUCGUUACAGAUACCUGGGAGACAAGAAGAGAAACUGCACUUUACAGAUCUCAGAUUUACAGAAGGAAGACGACGCAACUUUACGCUUCAGAAUGGAAGCUAAUGAUGGCAGAGGACAUUUUACUGAACGAUCAGGAGUGAGAGUCAGAGUCGAAGGUGCUCUGGGUCAAAGAGUGAACUAUCCAGAUCCUGUUUGUGGUGUAAAAGGAUCGACCGUCCUCCUCCCCUGCUCCUUCACACCACUGGAGUCUCUCUAUGACAACGGAAGAGAAGUUUGGAUCGAGAUCAUCAGAGUCGUCUGGUGCCAGAACCAUGAAAUCUGUCAGGGAACGACUCCGUCUGUGUACGACAGCAAAUCAAACAUCAACAACUCUCGUUACAGAUACCUGGGAGACAAGAAGAGAAACUGCACUUUACAGAUCUCAGAUUUACAGAAGGAAGACAACGCAACUUUACGCUUCAGAAUGGAAGCUGAUGAUGUCAGAGCACAUUUUACUGAACGAUCAGGAGUGAGAGUCACAGUCGAAGAUCCGACACAGAUGAAGAUAAGAAGCUCCAGAGAUGACGGAGAGUUUAAAAGAGGAGAAGCAGUCACACUGAACUGUUCUGCUGCAAUCUGCACUAUCCACCAACUGGAGGUCACCUGGUUCAGAGAUGGCCACGCCCUCUCAGAGACUGGCCCCGCCCUCCAUCUCAGCUAUCUGACUGCAAAGGAUUCUGGGAACUACACCUGUGGUUUGAAGAAGAACAACUACACACUCUCAGUCCCGUACAGCCUGCAUGUGGAGCCUGACGAGGAAGGAGGAGUUAACCCAGGAGGAGGAGGAGGAGGUAACCCUCUGAUCGUUGGUCUGGUGGUCGGGGUCCUGCUGGUUCUCUUCGCUGUUAUUCUGGUCGUCUGCAUCAUCAAAAGGAAGAGAGCAGCAGGUCUGGAUCAGACAGCCGUGGGACGGGACGGGGAACAAGAGCACUCUGAUAACAUCUACAGCAACGACUUCCUGCCGCUUGCUGAGCAGCAGGGACCCAGCAGCGCUGUGGAGGAAGUCAGCUACGCCUCGGUCCAGUUCACACCCAAGAAGCAGGCCAGACCGGUGGAGGAGGUGGAGGACUCCAUCAUCUACAGCUCUGUAGCCAGAACAGGCUGAAGACAAACCACACCACGGUGGCAGAUAAACAUUUUUUUUUUUUUUUUUUAAUUUUAAAUUUUAAAUUUUAAAUUGGGGGGGUUGUAACCUCCCUAUCCCCCCUGCAAAUUUCACCUGUCCCUUCUUUCCUUGUAUAUGUAUCUGUGUAUAUUUUUAUGUAUCUGUGUAUAUUAUUAUUUCACCGGUGUUCUCUCUUUUCGGUGACAGUUUCUCUGGUUUUGUUUGUGUGUAUAUGUCUGUGUGUAUGUGUGUGUGUAUUUGUGUGUGUGUGUGUGUGUGUGUGUGUGUGUGU